AUAUCAAAUACUGUAUGUCUUAAAAGCGGUUCUUCCUACGUUUGCUAUAUAUAACGAAACCACGCUCGUCCUCCUUGAGAGCAUAUACUGAUUCAAAGAGAGAGAGAGCCUUCACCGCGACACUGUACUAAGUUUCCAUGGCGUCAAGAAGAGUUUCCUCGCUGCUCUCUCGCUCCCUCAUGUCCUCAUCUUCUCCCUUCUCUCUUAGAGGUAAAGAUCCUCUCAUGAACAGAGGAGCUCGCAGGUACAGCAACCUCGCUGCUUCUCUCGAAGACACCAUCACUCCGCCUGUGAAAGUCGAGCAGACUCAGCUCCUAAUCAACGGCAAGUUCGUUGAUUCUGCCUCAGGAAAGACUUUCCCCACAUUGGAUCCAAGAACUGGGGAAGUGAUAGCUCAGGUGGCUGAGGGUGACGUGGAAGACGUGAACCGUGCGGUUGUAGCCGCCCGCAAGGCCUUUGACGAGGGUCCAUGGCCUAGAAUGACUGCUUACGUAAACCAAAAAAAAAGUUUCCUUUACGUUUUUAAAGAUUUAACUCUCACACAUGUUUGGAUUCGUUUUCUUCAGGAGAGGUCGAAGAUACUGUUUCGUUUCGCUGACUUGAUUGAGAAACACAACGACGAGAUCGCUGCUCUCGAGACUUGGGACAAUGGCAAGCCUUAUGAGCAGUCUGCCAAGAUUGAAGUUCCUAUGCUUGCUAGAGUGUUCCGUUACUAUGCUGGUUGGGCGGACAAGAUCCAUGGAAUGACGGUUCCAGGAGACGGUUCGCACCAUGUGCAGACGCUCCACGAGCCGAUUGGAGUCGCUGGACAGAUCAUCCCAUGGAACUUCCCUCUUCUCAUGCUCUCGUGGAAGCUUGGACCAGCUUUAGCUUGCGGGAACACCGUUGUGCUCAAGACGGCUGAGCAGACUCCUCUCUCUGCUCUUCUUGUUGGAAGACUACUUCACGAGGCUGGACUUCCUGAAGGAGUUGUGAAUAUAGUUUCUGGAUUUGGUCCUACCGCUGGUGCAGCCAUUGCUAGUCACAUGGACAUUGACAAGGUUGCUUUCACCGGUUCUACUGAUGUUGGAAAGAUUAUUCUUGAGUUGGCUUCAAAAAGUAACCUCAAGGCAGUGACUCUUGAGCUUGGAGGCAAGUCACCAUUCAUUGUAUGUGAAGAUGCUGACGUGGAUCAGGCCGUUGAGAUGGCUCAUUUCGCUUUGUUCUUUAACCAGGGACAAUGCUGCUGUGCUGGCUCGCGUACAUUUGUACAUGAACGAGUGUAUGAUGAGUUUGUAGAGAAAGCUAAAGCUCGUGCAAUCAACCGCGCUGUUGGAGAUCCCUUCAAGUCAGGGAUUGAGCAAGGUCCCCAGGUGGACUCGGAGCAGUUCGAGAAAAUCCUGAAGUACAUUAGACAUGGAGUCGAUAGUGGAGCCACCUUACAAGCUGGAGGUGACCGUCAUGGUUCUAAGGGUUACUACAUUCAACCUACUGUCUUCUCUGACGUCAAGGACGACAUGCUCAUAGCAAAAGACGAGAUCUUCGGACCAGUUCAGACCAUACUUAAGUUCAAGAAUCUGGAUGAGGUGAUUGCAAGGGCGAACAACUCAAGGUACGGUUUAGCUGCAGGAGUGUUCACACAGAAUCUGGACACAGCGAAUCGGCUGAUGCGAGCGCUCAGGGUUGGAAGCGUUUGGAUAAACUGUUUCGAUGUGUUUGAUGCAACAAUCCCGUUCGGAGGGUAUAAGAUGAGUGGCAUUGGAAGAGAGAAAGGUAUCUACAGUCUCAACAAUUACUUGCAAGUCAAGGCUGUUGUCACUUCUAUCAAGAACCCCGCUUGGCUCUAAACCGAACCUAUCCUACGAGGUUGGUUGGUUAAUUAAUAAUGGUUUUGCUUUGGGAAACCUGGAGUUGGUUUUCUAGAUUAUGAUGAUAAAUUUUAUCUUCAGCACAUUUACACAUAAAGCUAUGUAUGACAUUUCUUGAUAUUGGGGAAUAACCACUUUAUGAAUAAAACAAUAAUAUUUCUAUAA